AUGGGCGACCUUAACAAGCACACCUUUCUGUCGCGGGUGUUUGGGUCUGCCUCUAAUCCGCUACUUAACGACGAUAACAACGACAUCGAGUUCAGCAUCAACCAAUUGCAGGAUACUUUGGAGGAGCAGGAGGUGGAGAGCCCGCAGAGGGUUUCGCAGGCGCUGAACGUGCACUCUGAAAACGAGUCGUCCUCCGACACGGAAUCCGAAUCGAACGACGAUCUGUUGUACGACCAGAAGCGCGAACUUUACCAGCAGGUGGAGUCCGAGUUCCACCAGGACGACUUUGACACUGUUCCUGAGAGUUUGAUGAUGGAGCGUCGGCGGCCGCAUGAGCCGUCCAAGACGGGCACGACAGACCGCAAGUCUUUGUCACCGCACGAGCGCAGUGCCACGCCGAAUCUGAGCCAAUGGGGCGAGGUCGCGAAAGGCCUGGCUAGCAAAACCAUCGAUACGAUCCCCAAAUCGAUUCCCAAGGGCAUCUCGUUCCAAUUGCCCAACACCACGUCCAGCCGACUGCCGCCGCCGCCGCUGAUGUCACGCCGCGAGGCCAGCGUCGACAGCGAGCCGGAGAUGGUACGCAACAUCAACGAGCAACGCCAGCUGCGCGGCCGGCUGGGGCUUUUAAGUCCCAUGGAACGCGCACUGUGGCUGUGGUCGAACGUUUCCAACCUCGACACGUUUCUAGAAGACGUCUACACAUAUUACGUCGGCAACGGGUACCGGUGCAUUGUUCUUUCGCGGAUCAGCGACCUGCUGGUGAUUGUGUUUGUGGUCUGGAUCACGAGUUUCAUGGGCAACUGUGUCGACUACAACAAGCUGAUGAACGGGAAUGCCACAAGAUACGCGGACGUGGCGGUGGCCCAGUGCUACUCAAAGAUCUCUUUUAGCCAGAAACUGUUCUAUUUCGUGCUGUUUGUGAUCCUGCUGUUCCGGAUCAAGUCGUACUACCACCAUUUCAAGGACUUACGCGAAAUCAAGAACUUUUACAACCUGCUGCUCGGCGUUUCGGACGAAGAGCUGCAAACCAUCAGCUGGUCCACGAUCGUCAAGAAGAUCAUGAUCCUCAGAGAUCAAAACACAAACGCAUUGAUCUCCGGCAACCAAAACCUGAAAAACGGAGACGACCUCAAAUCGAAAAAACGACUCAGCGCUCACGACAUUGCAAACCGCCUCAUGCGCAAGGAAAACUACAUGAUAGCCAUUUUCAACAGAAACAUCCUCACCCCGGCCCUCACGAUCCCGUUUAUCAACCACCACUUCCUCACCAAGACCUUGGAAUGGAACCUCAAGCUGUGCAUUUUCGAUUUUGUGUUCAAUUCCAACGGCCAGCUCAAACAAGCCGUUCUUAGCGAGCACAAACGACUGGCAUUAUCCACGGAACUGCGCAAAAGGUUCCGUUUGGCAGGAAUCCUCAGCAUCUUCCUCACUCCAUUCCUGGUGAUCUACUUCCUGCUCUACUUUUUCCUCAAGUUCUUCUACGACAUCAAAACCAACCCGUCUCUCAUGGGCUCUCGCCAGUAUUCGCCAUAUGCCCGCUGGAAACUACGUGAGUUCAACGAGUUGCCACAUUUAUUUACCAAACGUCUCAAGAUGAGCAGAGAGGGAGCUACACAGUACAUCAACCAGUUCCCCAAAGAGGCCACCAACGUUGUUUUGAAUUUUAUUGCAUUUGUCACGGGAUCGCUGGUGACCAUCUUGGUGAUUCUCACUGUUCUUGGUCACGAGAACUUCCUCAACUUUGAGUUGUCUGAAGGAAGGACAGUGUUGUUCUACAUUUCCACAUUGGGAGCUAUCUUUACCAUUUGCAAAGGCAGUGUUUCUGAGAACGACACUGUGUUUGACCCAGAGGCAUCGUUGAGAUACGUGGCCCAGUUCACUCAUUACCUGCCAAAGUCCUGGAACGGCCGUUUCCACACAGAGGAGGUGAAAAACGAGUUUUGCAACCUAUUUAAUCUCAGACUGGUGCUGGUGUUCAAGGAGAUCACCAGUCUGAUCAUGCUGCCGUACAUUCUUUACUGUCGGAUGCCCGAGGUUUCGGAAAAGGUGAUUGACUUUUUCAGGGAAUUCAGUGUCCAUGUGGACGGCCUGGGGUAUGUGUGCACUUUUGCCAUGUUCAGUUUCGACAACAAGGAUAAGCCUGUGCGGGACCACACUGCUGCUGGCGCUAACGAGGACCUGAACAACGACUUUUACAACGCAAGCGACGAUAAGAUGGUCAAGUCGUAUUUGCACUUCUUGGAGAGUUACGGGAACGAGCCUGUGCGACACACUUCGCGGAACCCGAUGGCUGCGAGAGGAAAGCGGCCGAUGAACAAGAGUCUUUUGCGAUCCGCGGUGAUGAACAACUCCACCAUGGACCGUACUACGGGGGCCACGUCUGUGCGGUAUCCGCCUCAAUUCAGGUCCACGGGGCUGGCCGAGUCGAUGUACGGCAAACGACAGAACAACGACCUAAUGGAGGACACCACCGCUGGAUUGUCCACAGACACGAAAACCUAUCUCCAGAACCUCAACAACAGCACUCUUUUGGGAGGCUCGUUCCAGCAGGGUUAUCCUGAAGAUGUUGUUCACCGGCCAGACGAGGACCAUUCCGAUGACGAUGACGACGAAGCCGGCGUCCUGGGACUCAUCAACCAGAUCUACAAACAUAAGGAGGGCGUGAAAUAA